CCUGAAUACAAGACACACUUAACAGGAUGUACUGAGUGAUUUCACAGCUCGAGGGGAUUGAUAGAAUAUUUUGCUUUCCCACUGCAAAGAACACGUGCAACAUUUAGGACUUGAUACUUAGUUGCAGCUUCAAUUGCUACAGAUUCGGGAAAAAAAGAAAUAGAAGAUGUUGGAGUUUUGGAGAGCAGCUCCUGUAUUGCUGCUGCUCAGUAUGCUACUUCCAUUGUAUUUUUGCGAAGUGGCCCAUUAUUACACCUUUGAAGAAGAACCUCCCGGCACAGUUAUUGGAGUUUUGGCCAACAACUCAAUGUUCAACUCCACCGACGGACCCACAAGCAACUUCCGUCUGAUGAAGCAGUUUAACAGCUCUCUCAUCCAUGUUCGGGAGAGCGAUGGGCAGCUGAGCAUCGGGGAGAGGAUAAAUCGGGAGCAGAUUUGCCGACAGACUCUAAACUGUAUCCUGGCUUUGGAUGUGGUCAGUUUCUCCAAGGAGCAAUUCACCCUCAUUCAUGUUAAAGUUGAGGUGAAGGACAUCAACGAUAACAGCCCCCAGUUUCCUAGGUCCGAGAUACCUGUGCAGGUGUCUGAAAGUGCUCCUGUAGGCACCAGGAUCCCCCUGGACAUAGCUAUUGAUGAGGACGUUGGGUCAAACUCCAUCCAGAGAUUCCAGAUCUCAGUUAAUAGUCACUUUAGCCUUGAUGUCCAGACCAGGGCUGAUGGGGUGAAAUACGCAGGCCUGGUGCUGAUGAAAGAGCUUGACCGGGAAAGCCAGCCCUCCUACACAUUGGAGCUGGUGGCCAUGGAUGGAGGAAGCCCAUCUCGCUCGGGCAGCGCAGUGGUCAGUGUCCGGGUGAUUGACUUCAAUGAUAACAGUCCAGCGUUCGAGAGGAGCUCGGUCACUGUGGAGCUCAUGGAGGAUGCUCCCAUGGGGUACCUGCUGCUGGACCUCAAUGCUGUUGAUCCAGAUGAAGGUGUGAAUGGAGAGAUUGUCUAUGGAUUUAGUCCCCAGGUGUCUCAGGAGGUUCGACAACUCUUCAAGAUCGACCCCAAAUCCGGUCGCUUAACUCUUGAAGGUCAGGUUGACUUUGAGACCAAACAAACCUACGAGUUUGAUGUCCAGGCUCAGGACAUCAGCCCGAACCCUUUAACAGCCACCUGUAAAGUCAUCGUCCAUAUUCUAGAUGUGAAUGACAAUGCCCCAGCUAUCAGCAUCACCCCACUGACCUCCAUCAGCUCAGGAGUCGCCUUUAUCACCGAGGCAGCCACUGAAGGUAGUUUGGUAGCUUUGAUCAGUACCACGGACAGAGACUCCGGAACAAACGGAAAAGUUCAUUGCACUCUGCAUGGACACGAGCAUUUCAAGCUCCAGCAAGCCUAUGAGGACAGCUUCAUGAUAGUCACAAGAUCGCUAUUAGAUCGGGAGAAGAUUGCCGAGUACAACCUGACAGUGGUGGCUGAAGACCUGGGAUACCCUUCAUUGAUAACCCGCCAUCAAUACACUAUCCGGGUGAGUGAUGAAAAUGACAAUGCCCCUGUUUUUGCCAAACCAGUAUUAGAAGUGUCUACCAUUGAAAAUAAUGCCGCUGGCGCCUACAUCACUACAGUGGUAGCCAGAGAUGCUGACACUGGCGACAACGGUAGAGUUUCUUACAGGCUGAUGGAGGGUAAAGUUUUGGGACAGCCCUUGUCUACCUUUGUAGCUAUAGACGCAGAGUCAGGGGUGUUGCGAGCUGUAAGGUCCCUGGACUACGAAAAACUCAAACAACUAGAUGUUGAGGUUGAGGCUACAGACAAGGGGACCCCUCCACAUUCUACCCGAGUUCAACUGCACAUCAAAAUAGUUGAUCAAAACGACAACCCUCCUGAGAUAACAUUCCCUUAUCUGCACAAUGGGUCAGCAGAAGUCCUCCUGCCAGUCAAUGCUCCCUCUAAUUACCUGUGCUUCCAAAUCAAAGCUGACGACCCUGAUGAAGGGGUUAACUCACAGCUCUUCUAUACCAUACUAAGAGAUAACAAUAGACUCUUUGCUAUCAACAGAGGAACUGGUGAGGUAUACCUAAGAAGAAAAGUGAACCUUCACGAAUUUGAGGACCUGAGCAUUGUGAUUGCUGUUUAUGACAGCGGUAGGCCUUCCUUGUUCUGCAAUGCAUCCAUCAAGUUUAUUCUCACUGACUCCUUGCCUUCUAGUGUAGAGAUAGUCAUCAUGCAACCACAAGAGGAGGAAGAGCAGCAGCUAGAUCUGUCCAUAAUCUUCAUUGCAGUCUUGGCAGGAGGCUGUACUUUGCUCCUGGCAGCCAUUAUGUUCGUGGCCUGUACUUGCAAAAGAAAAUCAAGUCUCUUCAAACGUGAAUCAGAGGAGAGGAGAAUCUACCGAGAAGCACAGCCAUUAAACACCAGUGGCCAAAGCACCAGUUCUAUUACUCAGUCUGAAUCGUGCCAGCUCUCCAUCAAAACAGAAUCCGAGGAUAACAGCGUUUCGACCAAAACCGGUCAGAGAGAGGAUCUUAAGUCAAACUCAAAUGUAAGUAUGCAUUUUAAUUACAUUGCUUAAUAUCAGCUCAUAGUCUGCUAUAUAAUCAUUUACCUGUAAUAUUAAGGGAAAUGUUGCUUCUGAAUUCCUGUCAUCUCAUAUACUAAAUUGAUAUUAAAACUCACUCGAGUAUCCCCCCUUUUAUUUGCAUAUUAUAAUGCUUCCAAGCCUGACAUUUUCGUGUAUGCGUUUUUUUUUUUUUUUUACAAAAUUAUCCUAUUCUGAUGUGGUGAGAUAACAUCCACAUUUCAAACUAUAGCCAAAUUGUUGAAGUUUGAGACAGUAUAUUCUGAAAGUAAAUUGUUAACUUGUAUAACUCACAAGUCAAUGAGCAUACCGAGUAGUAGUAGUUCUAGAAGUGAUCUUUUAGAGCAGGGGUUCCCAACCCAGUCCUCAAGUACCCCCUACCAGUUCAGGGUUUAGGGAUUACCCAGUUGUGUUCUUUCUAAAAACACCUUAGACACAACUGGGUAAUCCCUAAAUCCUGAACUAUUAGGGGGUACCUGAGGACUGGGUUGGGAACCACUGUUUUAGCUAAUUGUCUCUGGUCUGGUGAGGUGACAACUAACUAAAAAUGUAGGCUGAAAUAGAUUUGCUGAGUCAGAAGAUUUGCUGUCUCAGCUUUUUGUCCUACAUUUUAUGGGGAUUCAUCUUACCACAUGCUAAUACUUAGUAAAGAAAACUAUUGUGCAUUUUAAUUCAUAUUGGGCUUUUGCCUUUUCAGGUUUCGGUUUCUGCCUCUCCAAGUCAAACAUCUUCUUGGCAUCAGGAAAAGUCUGCUGGAAGCAUAGGGUAAGAUAUGUUGUCACUUUAUCAAUGUCAUAAAACACAUUUUCUUUGUGCCCCCCUCCCUGCAUUACCUCAUUGUAAGUUCCCAGUGACUAGAGAAAAGUAUGAUUUCUGCUCCUCAAACUGGCUCUAGUUCAACAAUAUUAUGCAAUGCAUAUACUUGGUACCAUAUCUCUGCACCUACUGUGUAUCAUACAGUAUAAGUUAAUGGGCAAGAAAGAUAGAUUUGUGCCACAAAAGAAACAGCUCCCAUUAGGAUACCAUGAAUUACCUUUUAAUCCUCCUACUAGCCCAGAAGAUUAUCUAAAAGGUAGGGGAAAAUCUAUUUCAUAAAUACUGUUAGCAAAUAUUUUGGUGUUGCUCUGGUCUCACUUUAGAAAUAAAAUUCGACAUUGAAAUAAAUUUGGAGUUUCUUUAAAGGAACUACAGUUUAGUUGUCUGGCUCCCCUUUGCUUACUUUAAGGAGAUUUUACUCAACUUUCUUCUAGUCGUGCCAGUCUUGUCAUGGCUGGCUUUGCGCAGUUGAAUCAGUACAUCUCUAUGUAGAGUAUUCAGCUACUCCAUGCCGAGCAUGGAGAUGCUGAAUGUCAUUGCUGCACAGCUGACCCAGGAAGCACCUCUAGUGGCCAUCUGAGUGACUGCCACUAGAGUUGAUAAUAGGCAGUAAUGUAAGCAUCAGUGAGUGACUGAACAACUACAUUAACUAGAGUGUGGCUUUAUUAUACAUAUCCUUGCUAUUAAUUUUAUCUCAACAUGUAUUAUGAUCUUUAACAUCUACGUGAAUAUCCUGUGUUAAUAUAUAUUGUGAAUUGUGAGAAGGAAUAAUGGCUAAACAAGGGUUAUAAUAAAUGGUGAAGUGUGUCGUCUAACAGAACACUAUAUGUAUUUAUUGCAGUGGGAACUCUAACGUGGAUCAAGGAAGCACUAAAGACAGUGGCAAAGGAGACAGUGAUUUCAAUGAUAGUGACUCAGAUGCCAGCGGUGAAGGCCUCAAGAAGAUCUGUGACCAGAACAUUCAUAGUCAGCCUGGUAAGUUUUGCUAUCAAUCAUUUUGCAGUUUAAAUGAUGCUGUGUUAGCACAAACAGCCACCGAAAAGUAUCAGGAAAGGUUUGUGUAGGCACAGUGUGAACUUGUACAUAGUACCAAUUCAUUAGGGCCACAUGUGGGUCAUUGGUAGACCAUGUGAAACUUAACCAUUUAACAUUACUUCCUCUCACUACUAUUUAAAGUUAUUUAUAAAAGUGCCUUUCUUCCUAUUGAAAUUUGCACGUAAAGUAUUUCAGCAAGCUAAAGUGCUUCAGGUGUUUGGAGUGUUACUUUAAAGGACCACUAUAGUGCCAGGAAAACAUACUCGUUUUCCUGGCACUAUAGUGCCCUGAGGGUGCCCCCACCCUCAGGGACCCCCUCCCGCCCGGCUCUGGAAGGGGGAAAGGGUUAAAAACUUACCUUUUUCAAGCGCUGGGCAGAGAGCUCUCCUCCUUCUCUCCUCCUCCGAUCCUCCUCCUGGGCUGAAUGCGCACGCGCGGCAAGAGCUGCGCGCGCAUUCAGCCCGUCGCAUAGGAAAGCAUUUACAAUGCUUUCCUAUGGACGCUUGCGUGCUCUCACUGUGAAAAUCACAGUGAGAAGCACGCAAGCGCCUCUAGUGGCUGUCAAUGAGACAGCCACUAGAGGAAUUGGAGGAAGGCUUAAGCCAUUAAUAAACAUAGCAGUUUCUCUGAAAUUGCUAUGUUUAUUAAAAAAUGGGUUAACCCUAGCUGGACCAGGCACCCAGACCACUUCAUUAAGCUGAAGUGGUCUGGGUGCCUAGAGUGGUCCUUUAAAUUAUUUGUCAUUUGAUAUAUUUAAAGGAACAUUCCAAAAAGAUAAAGCACUAGGGCUUAUGCUUAUGCAGGAAGAGUGUCCUCUUUUUUAAGUUUUAUAAAAUAAUCGUAUAGCGAAGUCUGUUAUUAGAGAGCCUCAAAAAUCUUUGUGAUCCGAAGUGGAGGGAUUGCAGUAGCUUCAGAUACCAGAUCUGCAGCUAUUGAAAGCCAAGCCAAUAUUUCAUAUACCCCAAAGAAUAAGAUGCAAAGGGGUAUAUCUAUUAAAGUGUUUUUUUAUGAAGUAUUCCUUUAAGAACAUACUAAUUUUGCUUAAUCACAUUCACAUUUAAUUACUGGCUUAGUUAACAAAGGGCAUAGUACCCCCAACUGCAUUGCCUUGACAUUUUCGUGUGAGUUUUUUUUUACCAAGACGUACCAAACUAUUGUCAAUUAACAUGCCAUUGGAGUAGUGUUGGUUAAGAUUUGAAAGUAGUGUAAAAGAACAUUUAGUUUAUGUGCUGGUAGGCUCUUUAGAGGUUUUAUAUUUACUGCUCUGAAUUUAGCAGAGACAUAAAAAGUAGCUGUACAAGUUAAAAUGAAAGAGAAAACUUGCAUACAUUCUAUUACAUUUAUUUUACUUUUUGUUCUUUCUGCUUUUAUUUGGAAAACAUAUGGAAAUAUUUUGUUCAAGUUUAAUGUUCAAUACAGGUUAGCAUUAGUCAAAGCUUUAAACAAACACCCUUUAAAAAUAUAUAUUAUUAUUUGUUGACAAACAUGACAAUAAUGAAAACAACAUAUAUCAAGGUAUAAUUGGACUGUUAAUUUAUAUAUCCUAUAAAUUUUCUCUUUUUUUUUUAGGUGUUGUUUACAUCGAAAGCUCAAAGGCAUAUCGCAGUGCUGAACAUUAUUACAGUCACAGGAUUGACACUGGUCUGCAUAAUGGAAACCUUACUAUGCAUUACGAAAAGGGGUUCGCAGUGCCUUAUUCAAUAAGAACCCCUUAUUACAAUACAUAUCAUCCAAGAUUACCUAACGCAUACAUUCCUCAUCAUAACCUCAAAGACUCAAAUUAUCAUAUGAACACUGCAACUCCCGGACGAGUACACAGAGAGUAUGAUGUAGAUUAUUUAAACAGAGGCAGAACAUUAUCUCCUCCCAGGCUGUCUCGAAAAUAUCAAGAAUUCAGUUAUGCACCAGAAACAAUGUUACAAACAAACGCUUCUGAAAUAGCCACAACAUUUUAAUAAGUUGUGAGCAUUGUAAUGAAAUGCCCUUUCAAGGGCUUUACAAAAAAUAAUAAUAAAAUCGAGAAUGCUUUUCCUUUAUAGCAUUACUAGCCUAAAUGACAGCAGGAUUAGAUUUCUAUCCUGUGUUUCUAGACAGAGUAUCUUUACCUGUAAUUAAUAGAUACUCGUAUAUGGCGAAGCUAAACCAAUUUAUUGUUUAUCAUAGGUUUCUAUGCUUUACGAAAAAAUGAAGGACAGUUAAUUUAACCAAAUUUGCAGAAGGAAGAGAAUUAAUAGGGAUGUGUUUGCUUUAAUUAUGGCUUUUGGUUGCCAAUUAUCCCUUAAAAUAGUACAUUUAUAAUUCUUGAAUUAGAAUAUUUGUACAGAUACUAGUGAUGUUCUUUAUGGAAUUGAAGAUUUUAUGAAACAAUUGGCAUGCUUUCCAUCCUGAAGCAACUUCACGUUUAAUUGAUGGAAGGAAAAGAAUAGCUUUUCAAAAUAUUCAAUAUUGCUCUUUCAAUAAUAUUUUGUCAGAAAUACUUCUCGUUUGCACUCCUGUAAUUUUAUUGCGUGAACUAUGUAAAUAUCCUAAACAAUCUGUAUAUAUGCUCCAAUCCAAAAACUUUCCUUGUAUAUAGAAUGCAGUUUUCUAUGUUGUAUAGUAUGCACAUGCUUUUUAAAUAAAUAUUUAUUUUUAAAAAUUGAGGAGAAACCCUGCCUUUCAUUUUUAAUUAUGUUUUGCUAUAACCCAGUGAGUUAAUUAGUGUUGCUAGGCAAAUCUAUUAUUUUCUUCCUAUUACAUCUCAGCACAAUGGUAAUGAAACAGCAGCUGCAAAAUUGACAGUGUUCCCAUGUUCAUAAUUAUCUAGUCAUUGAGGUGCAUUAAUAAUGACAAGGACAUAUUACAAUAAUGCAUUGGGUCAGGUAGAUACUGUUUAUGUGUCCUUCAAAAUCAAUAGUGGGUGAGUAGUAUAGAUGAUGCAAUAAGCUGUUUGAACAUCGUGUCAUGGUACAAUAUAGUGAAUGAAAACCAAUGUAUUCUGUAUGUGUUACAUUAAAGGCACUGACCCUGAUAGAUUUAAAUUGACAUUCCACUGAUACUUGUAAUAAGAAUCAGUACUGCCUAUGCACUGCUACUGCAAUUAGAAUGCUGGUGGGGAAAGACAAAUAAACAUAUUAACAUUCUAGACU